AUGAUUUUAAAAUCUUUUCUACUAGGUAAUCUAGUAUCCUUAUGCAUGAAGAUAAUCAAUUCGGUCGUUGUGGUCGGACUCUAUUAUGGAUUUCUGACCACAUUCUCCAUAGGGCCCUCUUAUCUCUUCCUUCUCCGAGCUCAGGUUAUGGAAGAAGGAGAAGAAGGAACCGAGAAGAAGGUAUCAGCAAUAACUGGUUUUAUUACGGGACAGCUCAUGAUGUUCAUAUCGAUCUAUUAUGCGCCUCUGCAUCUAGCAUUGGGUAGACCUCAUACAAUAACUGUCCUAGCUCUACCGUAUCUUUUGUUUCAUUUCUUCUGGAACAAUCACAAACACUUUUUUGAUUAUGGAUCUACUACCAGAAAUUCAAUGCGUAAUCUCAGCAUUCAAUGUGUAUUCCUGAAUAAUCUCAUUUUUCAAUUAUUAAACCAUUUCAUUUUACCAAGUUCAAUGUUAGCCAGAUUAGUCAACAUUUAUAUGUUUCGAUGCAACAACAAGAUGUUAUUUGUAACAAGUAGUUUUGUUGGUUGGUUAAUUGGUCACAUUUUAUUCAUGAAAUGGGUUGGAUUGGUAUUAGUCUGGAUACGGCAAAAUCCUUCUAUUAGAUCUAAUGUACUUAUUCGAUCUAAUAAGUACCUUGUGUCAGAAUUGAGAAAUUCUAUGGCUCGAAUCUUUAGUAUUCUCUUAUUUAUUACCUGUGUCUACUAUUUAGGCAGAAUACCGUCACCCAUUCUUACUAAGAAAAUGAAAGAAACCUCAGAAACGGAAGAAAGAGGGGAAAGUGAGGAAGAAACAGAUGUAGAAAUAGAAAGAACUUCCGAAACGAAGGGAACUAAACAGGAACAAGAGAGAUCCACCGAAGAAGAUCCUUCUCCUUCCCUUUUUUCGGAAGAAAAGGAGGAUCCGGACAAAAUCGAUGAAACGGAAGAGAUCCGAGUAAAUGGAAAGGAAAAAACAAAGGAUGAAUUCCACUUUAAAGAGACAUGCUACAAAAAUAGCCCAGUUUAUGAAACUUCUUAUCUGGAUGGGAAUCAAGAAAAUUCGAAGUUAGAAAUACUUAAAGAAGAUGAAGAUAAUAAAAACAAAAAAUGGUUUGAAAAACCCCUUGUGACUCUUCUUUUUGACUAUAAACGAUGGAAUCGUCCAUUGCGAUAUAUAAAGGCUCGAUUUCAAAUUAAAAAAGCUGUAAGAAAUGAAAUGUCACAAUAUUUUUUUUAUACAUGCCUCAGUGAUGGAAAACAAAGAAUAUCUUUUACAUAUCCCCCCAGUUUGUCAAUUUUUUUGGAAAUGAUACAAAGAAAGAUGUCUUUGUCCACAACAGAAAGACUCUCCUAUGACGAACUAUAUAAUCAUUGGAUUUAUACCAAUGAACAAAAAGAAAACACACUAAGAAAGGAGUUUAUAACGAGAAUCGAGGCUCUAGACAAUGGAUCGCUUACUCUGGAUGUACUGGAAAAAAGAACUAGAUUGUGUAAUGAUGCAACUAAAAAAGAAUACUUGCCUAAAAUAUAUGAUCCUUUCUUGAACGGACCAUAUCGUGGAACAAUCAAAAAAAUGUUUUCACCUUCAAUCAUAAAUGAAACUUCCAGAGAAAAUUCCAUAGAGAAGUUUCGCAUAAAUAAGAUUUACGGUAUCCUUUUUGCUAUUGAUUAUCGAGAAUUUGAACAUACAUUUGAUAGAAAAUCAUUAUCAACAAAAAUGGGUUAUUUUUUGAACUUAAUCAAUCAAUUUACUAUAGAAUCACCAUCAAAUUUGAAUUUGAAAAGACUUUCGUUAUUUCCAGAACAAGGAAAAGUUGAUUCAGAUUCAGAAGAUCAAGCAAAAUUUUUAAAUUUUUUUUUCGAUAGAGUUAUAACUGACCCCAAGGAUCAAAUAAUUAGAAAAAAAUCUAUUGGAAUAAAAGAAAUCAGUAAAAAAGUCCCCCGAUGGUCAUACAAAUUAAUGAAGAAUGAGGAGGAAGGAGAAACUUUAGUGGUGUACCAGGAGAUUCGUUCAAGAAAAUCCAAACAUGUAGUGAUUUUUACCGAUAAUCAACAGAAUGCCGAUACUUAUACUGCUAACGCUAACAAGGAUAUUGAUAAUUCUGAGCAAACAAACGAAGUCGCUUUGAUCCGUUAUUCACAACAAUCGGAUUUUCGUCGAGAUAUAAUCAAAGGCUCCAUGCGCGCUCAAAGACGUAAAAUAGUUAUUCGGGAACUCUUUCAAGCAAAUGUACAUUCCCCCCUUUUUUUGGACAGAAUAUACAAACCCAUCUUUUUUUCUUUUGAUAUUUCUGGAUUGAUAAAACUCAUUUUUGAAAAUUGGAAGGAGAAAAACAAAAAAUUGAAAAUUCCGAAUUAUGCAGAGGAAAAGACAAGGGAGAAAAGACAGAAGGCCAAAAGAGAGGAAAAAGCACGGAUAAAAAUAGCCGAAGUCUGGGAUACCGUCCUAUUUGCUCAAGUAAUAAGAGGUUGCUUGUUAUUAACCCAAUCAAUUUUUCGAAAAUAUAUUAUAUUACCUUCAUUGAUAAUAGCUAAAAACAUCGGUCGUAUGUUAUUAUUUCAAUCUCCCGAGUGGUCCGAAGAUUUAAAGGAUUGGAAUCGAGAAAUGCAUGUUAAAUGCACCUAUAAUGGUGUUCAAUUAUCAGAAACAGAAUUUCCGCAAAACUGGUUAAGAGACGGUAUUCAAAUAAAGAUCCUAUUUCCUUUCUGUCUGAAACCUUGGCACAAACCUCAAGAAAGGUCCCUUGAUAAAGAUUCAAUGAAAGAUAAAGUAAAAAAAUUUUGUUUUUUAACAGUUUGGGGAAUGGAAACUGAUCUGCCUUUUGGUUCUCCCCGAAAACGACCUUCCUUUUUUAAACCCAUUUUGAAAGAACUUGAAAAAAGAAUUCGAAAAUUUAAAAACAAGUGUUUUCUAGUUCUAACAGUUUUAAAAGAACGAACAAAAUUGUUUAUAUUUUUAAGGGUCUCAAAAGAAACAAAAAAAUGGGUUAUCAAAAGUGUUCUAUUUAUAAAUAUAAAAAAAAUAAUAAAAGAACUCUUAAAAAUAAAUCCAACUCUAUUAUUUGGAUUGAGAGAAGUAUAUGAAUCUAGUGAAACUCAAAAACAAAAGGAUUCGAUAAUCAAUAAUCAGAUGAUUCAAAAAUCGUCUAUUCAAAUUCGAUCUAUGAAUUGGACAAAUUAUUCACUGACAGAAAAAAAAGUGAAAGAUCUAACUGAUAGAACAAGCACAAUUAGAAAAAAAAUAGAAAAAAUUAUAAAAGACAAGAAAAAACUCUUUCUAACUCCAGAGAUAAAUAUUAGCCCUAACAAAGCUAGUUAUAAUGCUAAAAGAUUAGAAUCACAAAAAAGCAUUUGGCAAAUAUUAAAAAGAAGGAAUUCUCGAUUAAUUCGCAAAUUACAUUAUUUUAUAAAAUUUUUCAUUGAAAGGAUAUACAUAGAUAUUCUUCUAUGUCUCAUUAAUAUUCCCAGAACCAAUGCACAAUUUUUUAUUGAAUCAACAAAAAAAAUUAUUGAUAAAUACGUUUACAAUAAUGAAAGAAAUCAAAAAAGAAUUGGUAAACCAAAUCAAAAGAAAAUUCACUUUAUUUCGAUUAUAAAAAGGUCAGUUUCUAGUAUUAGUAAUAAGAGUUCACAGAUUUUUUGUGACUUAUCCUCCUUGUCACAAGCAUAUGUAUUUUACAAAUUAUCACAAACCCAAGUUAUUAACUUGUAUAAGUUAAGAUCUGUCCUUCAAUAUAACGGAACAUCUCUUUUUCUUAAGAACGAAAGAAAAGAUUAUUUUGGUUUUGGAGCACACGAAAUAUUUCAUUACGAAUUAAGACAUAAGAAACUUCGUAAUUCUGGAAUGAAUCAAUGGAAGAACUGGUUAAGAGGUCAUUAUCAAUAUAAAUAUUUAUCUCCGAUUAUAUGGUCUAGAUUAGUACCACAAAAGUGGCGAAAUAGAGUAAAUCAACAUUGUGUGGCUCAAAAUCAAAAUAAAGAUUUAAGCAAAUGGGAUUUAUCUCAAAAAGAUCAAUUAAUUCAUUACAACAAACAAAAUGAUUAUGAAGCAGACUCAUUAACGAAUCAAAAAGAAAAUUUUAAAAAACACUAUAGAUAUGACCUUUUAUCAUAUAAAUAUAUUAAUUAUGAAGAUAAGAAUGACUCAUAUAUUUAUGGAUCACCAUUACAAGUAAAUAAUAACCAAGAUAUUUCUUAUAAUUACAACACACAUAAACGCAAAUUUUUUGAUAUGCUGGAAGGUAUCCCUAUCAAUAAUUACCUAGGCGAAGAUGAUAUUAUGUAUAUAGAGUAUAUAAAGAAAAACCCGGAUAGAAAAUAUUUUGAUUGGAAAAUUCUCCAUUUUUGCUUUAGAAAGAAGGUCGAUAUUGAGGUCUGGAUCAAUACCAGUAUCAACAGUAAUAAAAAUACCAAGACCGGGUCGAAUAAUUAUCAAAUAAUUGAUAAGAAAGGUCUUUUUUAUCUCACACAAGAUCAAGAAAUCAAACCAUCCAAUCAAAAAGACCUUUUUGAUUGGAUGGGGAUGAAUGAAGAAAUACUAAAUCGUUCCAUAUCGAAUCUGGAACCUUGGUUCUUCCCAGAAUUUGUGCUACUUUAUAAUACAUAUAAAAUGAAACCCUGGGUUAUACCAAUCAAAUUACUUCUUUUAAAUUUUAAUGGAAAUAAAAAUUAUAGUAAAAAUAGAAAUAGCAAUAGAAAGCAAAAAGGGAAUCUUUUUAUAUCAUCCAAUGAAAAAAAACUUUUAAAAUUAGAGAAUCGAAAUCAAGAAGAAAAAGAAUCCGCAGGACAAGUAGAUCUUGGAUCAGAUGUACAAAACCAAGGAAAUCUUGAAUCAGUCCUCUCAAACCACGAAAAAGAUAUUGAAGAAGAUUAUGCAGGAUCAGACUCAGACAUGCAAAAACGUACAAAGAAAAAGCAAUUCAAGAAUCACACGGAAGCAGAACUCGAUUUAUUCCUAAAAAGAUAUUUGCUUUUUCAAUUGAGAUGGGAUGAUUCUUUAAAUCAAAAAAUGAUCAAUAAUAUCAAGGUAUAUUGUCUCCUGCUUAGACUGAUAAAUCCAAGAGAAAUUUGUAUAUCUGCUAUUCAAAGGGGAGAAAUGAGUCUGGAUCUAAUACCGGUUCAUAAAGAUUUAACUCUUACAGAAUUGAUGAAAAUGAAAAGAGGGAUAUUUAUUAUCGAACCAAUUCGUCUGUCUGUAAAAAAUGAUGGACAAUUUAUUAUGUAUCAAACUAUAGGUAUUUCAUUGGUUCAUAAGAGUAAGUACCAAACUAAUCAAAGAUACCAAGAAGAAAGAUAUGUUGAUAAUAAGAAUUGUGAUAAAUUCAGUGCAAGAUGUCAAAAGAUGAUUGGAAAUAAAGACAAAAAUCAUUAUGAUUUGCUUGUUCCUGAAAAUAUUUUAUCGCCUAGACGUCGUAGAAAAUUUAGAAUUCUAAUUUGUUUCAAUUUGAGGAAUAGGAGUGGUGUGGCUAGAAAUCCAGUAUUUUGCAAUGGGAACAGCUGUAAUAAAUUUUUGGAUGAAAACAAACAUCUUGAUAGAGAUAAAAAUCAAUUAAUUAAAUUAAAAAAAUUAAAGUUCUUUCUCUGGCCCAAUUAUCGAUUAGAAGAUUUAGCUUGUAUGAAUCGCUAUUGGUUUGAUACCAAUAAUGGUAGUUGUUUUAGUAUGAUAAGGAUACAUAUGUAUCCACGAUUGAAAAUUCGUUGA